GACAUGCGACCCUGACCCCGGAUUCUACCAUACUGUCCCAUCUUCUUCACUUGCCUUUUUUCGUUUGAUACCCACAUCUUCACGUUAAUCGUCCCCUUACCGAGUAGAGCUGCUCACCAUGGAUAUCCUGUUAGCAAAGGUCACGCAGCAGGCUAUGAACUAUGCCAUCCGUUCAGGCGUAACAAUCACCGGCGGUUACGCUAUUAAGCAAUGCUCCCGACUGCUAAAGUCAGUCGACAACAGCACAGAUAAGCAAGAGCUGGCAAAACUGCAACUUCGUCUGGACGGCAAAAUCAGAAUCAUAUCACCCGCUAUUGAUAUGAUUGAGCUUAUAUCUGCACGUGGAAAUACUUCACUGGAAUCAGCUGUCACCCUUACAAAAGACAUACGCUGGGAAAUCCAAUCACUCGGCGUGCGACUAGCCAAGGCGGCUGGCGAAGAAGAACUCAUGCGUCGGGGUAGCUCCCGCGCAAAAUCGAAGCAACAGAACGAGCUAGAGCUCAAGCUCAUCAUCUCAGAUAUCAAGAAGCUUCUUGAACGCAUUGAAGAUGCAGUGCCUCUCAUUAACCUUGCCAUCACCACCUCAGGGGCAAAUCUGUCAAACUCCCUGCCAGCAACUGUGUCUCCGUCUAGAUUACUGCAAGCCAGCACGUUCCUCACAGCUGGGGACUCGCAAUAUUCAAUGUCUACCUCCAACGCGGUGCAGAUUGGUCCGACAUUCACAUUGUCAAUGUAUAUGCUUUUCGCUGGGCAUAUACGACCGCACGACGAAGAGGGCAUCCGCGAGACGACUUGGAAAGAGGUAAUCCAUAAGGCUCGCGUGAAGCUCAUGCGAAUUCCUCAGGAUAGUGUUUAUGACUUUCCUUCCACCGACAGUGGAAAGAGCAAUCAAUCGCGCUUCAACGGCAAUGCUGGAGAUCAGCAUCCGUCACACGUACCCUCUGAAGGCAAAGCCUUUGAGUUUGCCUACCAAUUGCACAUCAUAGAAGACCUGGACGACGACCGCGUGCAUACGUUCGAGGAGGGCGAACUACAACCUGGUCCGUUCGAGGGCGUAGCUCAAGCUGGUAUCCGCGAAAUAUUCCCCAUUCACGAAGUGUCCAAAAUCUUCUACGCCGACACGGGAAAAAUCCUAAAUAUAGGCAGCGAAGGCGAAGCCAAUAGCCCUAUACUCUUGCUCAAGCGCGACCCCAACGCUGUUCCGCCUCGGAAGAUGAUGGAACGCCAAACCACUGAACGGCCGUGGUACGAAGACGAGGAGGAAGAAGAGGCAAAAAACCCAGACAAUGUGUCGACAGGAGCCCAACAAGACGACCAAGACGAAGUCGACGCGCAGCUCUUCCGCGAAUCAACACGGGAGCCCGAAGAAGAGCCACCGCAGGAAGAAGAGGCUCCCCCAGAUGCCUGGCGCCUCCCACCGAACCUCGACCCGGAGUGGAUCGCCUUCGAAGUAUACGUCGAAGCACCAGACUCGGACGACGAAGACGACGGCGGCGAUGAAAGCGACGCACAACACACGCCUCCAUCUCGCACGCCCCUCUCCCCCAGCGGAGACAACCUCGCAGCCAACCUCUCGCACCUGAACCUACGGACGCCGUCACCCGCGCACCAUCACAACGCCACGGCCCUCACAACCCCCCGCACACCCUCGCACUCCCCCUUCCCCACGCACCCCAGUGAUCACCCCCAACAACCCCACCUCCCGGCCAUCCGCACCUCGCUCUCCCUCCUCGAGAUGCUGAUCCGGCUCACGGCGCUGCAGCAAUUCCAACAAGCGUCGCACCUCUCCAUCCCAGACGAGCUGCUCACCUUCUUCCUCUCGGAAAGCAGCACGGUCGGCGCAGGCGGCGACUCCGAUCUCCGGCGGCGGGUGCGCUCGGAUGCCGCGAGGCGCGUCGGCUUCGAUCCCUACGACGAGAGCCCGAUCAAGCGACGCGGCGAGGAGUAUUUGGAGCAGAGCUAUGGCGCGGCGGGCGAGGAGGGAGAGUGGGAGGAUGAGAGGGGCGGCGCGACUGAGAGGAGCUUCGCGACUGAAAGGAGCUACGCGAGUGAAAGGAGCUAUGGCGGUGAAAGGAGCUACAUCCGCGAAGGCAGCUACACGAACGACCGCCUCUACCCCCACAGCCCGAACAGCAGAAGCGGCAGCAGCAGCGCGCGCCGCAGCCCGCUGCCCCAUCCAGACGUGCCGUUGCGCUCGCGAGAGGCGGCUGCGAGCGCGAGCCCGCUGUUGCGGAAAGCGGUGCGUUCGCGGGAGAGUGGGUUGGGCGGGCGGGACGAGCAGGGUGAGAGGCAUGGGCGGGGUGAUCGGGGUGAGAGGCAUGGAAGGAGUGGGAGUGGGAGUGGUGGGGCGUCGCCUUCGAGAGGAUAG